AUGAGACACACGGUUUUGGACACUGGAUGAGCUUGUUGUACCCACGGGAAGGUCGGGGUUUUGGAGGAUCGAUUCAGGGAAAUCGAUCAGUAGCUCACAGUGUGAAUAGGUGUGACCAGUGGGGGGUUAUUUGUGUGUCCAACCCUAGCCUGGGUUGAUAACUUUACCACAGAAGAACAGUCGCCUUUGUUUUGUGGUCACAUUUGGUGACUUUAAAAGAAGAAAAGAGGGGAGAGGAAGGUUUGAAACAGAAGAAACCUAGUGACAAAGAGGUCACUGUUUGGACUCUUUCCUCUGUAGCCUGUAAGGAGGGAAAUGGACCGGAUAGUGGACCAGUACCAGCUGCAGGCCACAUUUCCCUAUCUGGAUAACAUCACCAUCUGUGGUCACGACUGGCCAGAUCACGACGCCAACCUCCAACUAUUUCUCCAAGUGGCCGCAGCUCUGAACCUUACUUAUAACAGGGACAAGUGUGUGUUCGGAACCACCCGCCUUGCUAUCCUUGGGAAGUCUAUCACUGGGACCACCCUACCAGUUUGGCUGACGUCCCCGGGGCCAGUGCUGCUCCGGAAACAUGUGAGGAGCAAUAAAUACUCCCCGCUGGUCGAGAGGGUUCACCUUCUGCAUGCGAACCCCCAGUAUGCUUACGUGGUCUUCCCUGAUGGGCGGGAGGACACGGUCUCCAUUCACGACCUGGCACCCGCAGGUGCAGCAGACCACUACCCUGAAGACUCUCCAGUAACUAUGAACCCUGUACCCGAGGUGACACCGCGCUCACCAGGCCCUACACAGACUCCUCACGACACUUAUAUACCGGGCGUUUCGUACGCAUAUAUACCAGGCGCCUCGCACAUGCGUGAGGGAUCACUGGUGCCUAGUGGGCUGGAACAAGCACAACCUCCGUCUCCUGUGCAAUCAUCAAUGUCACCGGCAUCUGUGCAAUCACAGCCAGUGCUACGUAGAUCGCAGCAACAGAUUCGACCACCUGAUAGACUUGACUUGUAAGAAACUUCGCCACAUGGGGACUCUUUUAAACAAAGAGGGGGUGAAUGUGGUGAACUACGUGUUCCUGUCUGGACACGCUCCCUGCUGACUGUUCCUGUGGCUCCUCCCACAGGCCCCUAUAUAAAGGUGAUCUGAGGCCUGAUGCUCGGCCUCAGUCUCCAGGACGUAGUAUGAUGGUCACUCACUCCUGGUUCCU